CGAUUUGAAGAUUAUCAUAAUAAGAAUGGGAUUAGAUAUUUAGUAUUGUGUUAAAUGAAAACUCGGCUAGAUGGUGUUAGAGAAGUGUUUUGUGUUUUGGUUUUAAUAAUAACAGUGUGGUUUGAUGUGGAGAAUUUGAAACUUCUUUGCAAGGCCCCCAUCGACAAGCCAAUCGUGUGGGUGCUCGGAGGCCCGGGAUCUGGUAAAGGCACGCAAUGCGACAAGAUCAUCGCCAAGUAUGGCUUCACACAUUUGUCUUCUGGCGACCUUUUGAGGGCGGAAGUGAAGAGCGGCUCAGAGAGAGGGAAAAGCCUCACAGCUAUCAUGGAGCGAGGUGAACUGGUUCCCAACGAGUUAGUUCUGGAGCUGCUGAAGGACGCCAUUGAAGCUAAACUCGCGGAGUCAAAUGGCUUCCUCAUCGACGGCUACCCUCGCGAGAAGAGCCAAGGCGAAGCCUUUGAGAAGACCAUUGCUCCUUGCACUGUAAUUAUCUACUUCGAAGCAACACCUGAAACCCUAACCAAGCGUCUCCUAGGUCGUGCUGCCAGCUCGGGUCGCGCUGAUGACAACGAGGAGACCAUCAAGCUGAGACUGAAGACCUUCGUCGCCAACAACGAGCUCGUGUUAGCACAGUACCCUGAUAAAUUGAAGAGGAUAGACGCCGAGAGGAGCGUGGACGACAUCUUUGCCGAAGUGGUGAGCAUCCUCGACGCCAUCGCUGAGUCUGAAGAUCUUAGAGAGGUGCUGGCGCAGUGCCCCGACAAGUUGUUCAGGCCACCCGCCCACAAGCCAAUAAUAUGGAUCCUCGGUGGCCCAGGAGUGGGUAAAGGCACGCAAUGCCACAAGAUCGUGGCCAAGUAUGGCUUCACACAUCUCUCCACGGGAGACCUACUUCGCGCCGAGGUGCUGAAAGGCACUGAUCUUGGGAAGCACAUUGCUGGAAUCAUCAAGCAUGGUAAUCUGGUGCCCAACGAGGUAGUCCUACACCUCCUCAAAGAAGCCAUUAACAAGAACAAAGCGACCUCCAAAGGCUUCCUCAUCGACGGGUACCCGCGAGAGAAGAGUCAGGGCGAGGAAUUUGAGAAGGCCAUAUCACCCGCCAGUGCAAUACUAUACUUCGAAGCGACACCGGCCACGUUGAGGAAGCGAAUCCUGCACCGCGCGGCCAACGCCAAAGAGAAACGUUUUGACGACACAGAGGAAGCCAUCCAGAUCAGGCUCAAGACGUUUAUGGAAAACAAUGAUCGCGUGCUGGCUCAGUACCCGCAUAAGUUCAACAAGAUAAACGCCGAGAGAACUAUUGAUGAGGUUUUCAAAGACGUGGGAGCUGUUCUGGAUCCGAUAGUCUCUCUGCAGAGUGCUUAAUAUUACGAGUA